GCGGUGUAGUUUUUGAUAUACGAUGUGCACAUAGUGUUUUAUAUCAAAAGGUCAUCUUUGAACUAGAAGUAUCAGCAAGAACAUGAUUCUGCUAACGUUGAUUUGUAUUUUCUUGGCAUCGGUUAAUGGAUUUGAUACCAGUCCUCCAGGCUGUGCUACUUCGGAAUUUGACAUCAUUUUUAUAUUGGACACUUCUACUGGAGUGACGGAAGAAAACUUUCAAGAACAGAAAGACUUUACAAAAGGCGUGAUUGAUGCAUUUGACAUCAACAGUCUGUCAACUCGAGUUUCUGUGAUUACUUACGGCUCCGUUCCAAAAGUACUUAAUUACUUACAAAACAUAACUUCUUCAAGCGGAGAAGGAAACAGCUUUGGAAAAUCCGAAAUUUUAGAACUCGUUGAUUCGUCUGGUCUUGUAGGAGGUUCGAGAAGAUGCGGCAAAGCAUUGAACUAUGCAUGCGAUACGGUGUUAGGAUAUGAUGUGGAGCUACCGAACCCGGGUAUCCGGAGACGGAAUGUUCCAAUUUUUAUUAUUGCUGUAUCAUCCGGAUAUUCGAAUGAUGACAUUUCUUCCGAUUUGUCAUGUAAACUGGAUCAGGAGUUCGGAAAAAUAAGAAAUUCUGACGUAACAAUAUGGGGAGUAGCCACAAACUAUAAAGGAAAAACAACGUUCGGAAGUAAACACAUCGAUGAGGUUUUUGAGUCGGCAGAUUUAAGCACAUUGCAAAAAUCAAUAAUCGAAAAAAUUUGCAGCAAAAUGUCAUGGGGAUGUUCACUCGCACAGCAGGAUUUAGUCUUUCUUAUUGACAGAUCUCAGCCGAUAUCGGAAGAAGAUGUCAAGAAUGUAAGAACAUGGAUGAAAAACAUUGCAAAAAGUUUUGAGAUUGGAGAAAAAUAUACAAAAAUCAGUGCAAUAGAGUUCAGUGAUAGUUCAUCGGUUCAAUUCGACCUUGACGAAAACUUGGAUGCAACAAGUCUGGAAGAAUCCAUAGACGACAUAUCAUAUCUUUCUUCAAUAUUUGGAAGCAGGAACAUUGAAGAUGCUUUACGACAUGUUGCUCUUAAAUCGUUCACGAAUGAAGAAAUUGAUGUCCGGAAAAAGGUUCAUAAAACUAUCGUAUUGUUAACAACUGGAACAAUUACUGAUAUUGAACUUUCAAAAAUUGCUGCAAACGAUCUUCGAAUUGGGGGAGUCGAAAUUUUUGUCGUAAACGUCGGUUCCGACGGAAGAAAUGAGGAAUUCCAGCAAAUAUCAUCAAACCCUUUCUCAACCCACAUAACAGUGACUUCAGAUUUCACUGAUCUUAAGGCACAAACUAGAAUCUUGGUAAACAAUAUUUGUCAAGGAAUGUUCAAAAGAUAUUCUGGAGCAUUGUUAGAUCUUCAUUUUAUUAUCGAUGGAAAUUGGAAUGCAACUGCCAGAGCCCAAACAAAAACAUUAAUGAAAAGAAUCGUCGAUUUUUUUCACAUCGGCCAAAACUAUUCAACAGUCCAGGUGUUGAGUGUCGAGUCGCAACCACAUAUAUUACUCAAAGAAAGUCGAACAAAAGCUGAUGCUUUUAGUGGAAUAAGCAAUAUCAAGUUUGGAACAAAAAUUGAUAAAACGCUUUGGAAUGAAUCGUUAGAAUACGCAUUUACUAAUUUCAAUUUGGAUGAACAAAGUGGGAGAGAAAAGGUGUUCAUCGUUUUAUCGCCGGAAAAAAUUACUGACCAAGAAUUCUGGAAGAAAGUUGACGGAAAACGCCAACUGGGAUCUCACACGUAUUGGUUCGGAUUGACGUCUCACGGCAUGGAAUGGCAAUAUGGGGCAUCGCAUGGUGGACGCUGGGAUGCAGCAGCCGGCAAUUUUAAACCUGUGGCUCAUAAUAUUGUUGACCGAAUCAGUACCGACACCACUCAAAGAUGUGGACUUAUCGAACUUGAUCUGCAAUUUCUCUUGGAUGGAUCAUCAAGCAUACAAAGCGAUAAUUUUGAUCAAACGAAGGAUUGGGUUCAGACACUGAUCAGUAUGUUUGAAGUGGGACAAUUCACUACAAGAAUAGGAGUGAACCAGUACAGUAGAUCACCCGUCACAGAAUUCAAUUUAAACGAAUACGAUACCAAACCAUCGUCGAUUCAAGCAGUCAACGACAUUGAACAUUUGAAGGGAUCAACAAGGAUUGGACUUGCAAUCAACUACACUUUAUCAAACAGUCUGAUUCCUCAGUCAGGAUCGAGGCAAGGAGUCCAAAAAAUCUUAGUAGUACUAACAGAUGGAAAAUCAAGCGACGUUGUUUCAGAAGCUUCCAGAAUUGCUCACGAGAAGAAAGAUCUAACAACAUACGCGAUCGGUGUGGGUGAUGUAGACAUGGAUGAACUACGAGAAAUUGCAUCAGAGCCGGUAGAUCGUCAUCUAUUUUUUGUAGAGGAUUUCGAUCAAAUAAGUUCAAUCAAAAACAGUCUUGCAACGAGUUUAUGUGAAACAGCAAAGUCAUCUCAAAAUGUUUUUGCUUCUGGUGGAGAGCUGGAUUUUAUCGUAUUGUUGGAAGACUCCACAUUGCUUCCAGGAGGAAGAUUCUUUAUAGAAAUUCAAGCCUUCAUUGUAAAACUUUUAGAACAAUCAUCGGUACAGUACGAUACUCGUUUUGCGGUAGUGCAGUUCGCCGCUGAGCCAAGAACAAUUUUGCCGUUUUCAACGAACAUCACCGAAUUACUCAUCGCGAUGGAAAAGUCUUACGAAUCCAAAGAUUAUCGAUUGUCAGUAAAACUAGGUCUUGCACUUGACCACGUCACUGAGAUGUUCCUUAAAGAUACAAGUCGUAGUCAGGCUAAAAAGGUCUUACUAAUAAUUAUGUCGAAUCCAACCAGCGAUAGUUCGUUUCAUUCAGCAUCAGCCCUGGCUGAAUUGGGAGUUUACGUAUUCGGAAUAAGCCUCGGAAGGACAGCAAGCCUUACUCAACUGGAAACGGUUACUACAAAACCAACAGAUGAAUAUUUUUAUGCUGUACCUGAUGCGUUCGCGGCAGCAAAGUUGGGGCCGGUUCUGACAAGACACAUUCGAGAAAUUACAAAAUUAGAAUGUAAAAACACAAAAACAAGCAUGGUAUUUGUUGUGGACAAUACUAGUACGAUGGACGAAGAUAAGUUCAAUCUUAUAAUACGAAUGUUGUCAAAUAUCGCGAGUGGAAUGAGCGUAGAUGGAUCAACGUCAUUCCUUUCUAUGGUGCUCAGAGGAGAAGGAAGUGAAGUAUAUAGAUUGCAGAAAAUAAAUGAAGGCAAUGUACGGAUCAUUUUAUCACGCAUUCCUUUGGAAUUAGCUACUGUGGACGCGUUGCAAGCUCUUAAUAUAAUUGUAGAACAAGGGUUUGAUGACGUCACAGGUGAUCGAUAUAACGUGCCAAAGACUGUUUUUCUUGUUACGGAUGGAGAUGGAGCUUUUGAAUUUGAUGAAGUCAUCGACACUACAAAUCUUUCCGAAUCCGGGAUUGAUUUGAUAAAAAUAGUAGUCAGAGAUAUUCCUAGUUUUUCAAUCAUCGACGAUUUUGAAGUUAACGACGAUGACACAACGGAAACGAUACCCCAAGAUAAUUCUUAUGAAAUAUCGGUUGAUUCAUAUGAAGAUCUAUCAGGAGUUCCAGCAAAAGUAAUCGAUCGUCUAUGUAGAGGUGCUGUGUUCUGUCCAAGAAUGUCUGGCACAUCUGGAAGACACGGUUAUAAUUUACUGGAAUCGAUGAAUCUCCAUGGAAAUGCAGAUAAAAUGAAAUUAAAAAUGAGAAAAGGAAUGGCUGAAGAUUCGUUAUCAUACCGAUUUCAAGGAAGGACUCGCGCAUUUCGACCAAAAAACGAAGUGUUUCCAAAUGGAUUCCCGACGUCUAAUUUUUCAGUCGUUGCUCUCCUACGAAUGGGAAAACAAUUACGAACAUCUGAUGUAUGGCAUUUAAUCGAAUUAACAGACGAUUCAGAGGCAGUUGAGUUCUCAAUAAACCGAGAUGGCAAUGCCAACGAGAUUGGCGUGUAUGGAGCAUCAAGUCCUCCAGAAAUUGCUGUAUUUCGAGGUCCUAGAGUGGAUUCAUUGUCAAACAGAGAUUGGCAUAAGCUACAAUUUUUAUUCAGCGGAGAUUUUGUGGAUCUUUAUAUAAACUGCCAAAAAGCAGGGAGGCAAUCAUUUCGAGCAAACAACGUUGGAAUAACGAAACAUGGAAUCGCAAGAAUUGGAAAAUCUUUCAGCAGUAAAAAAUCAGCUUCAUUCGAUAUUCAACGACUCGACAUAUUAUGCGGAUUAGGCGGUGAAAUUCAAAGUUAUAUGGAAGGCUGUUGUGACGUGAAAGGAUAUAAAGGGAAAGAGUGCAUCGGAGAAGUUAUCGAUGCCCCUGAAUCCACUCCAAAGCUUGACUUAGAAGAAAAAGUACCAUCAUCAGCAGGUGGAGGUGGAGGAACGACUGGGAUUAUCAUACAAAAAGAGGAAUGCAAUUGCCCUCCUGGACCCAUUGGUCCAGCAGGUUCCUCUGGCGCACAAGGAUUAAGUGGUGAAAAGGGUUCUAAGGGCCUAGAUGGAUUUCGUGGAGUACCCGGUAGCAAAGGCGAAAAGGGUGAUGUGGGACCGGCCGGACCUCCCGGUGGAGGUGCCGGUGCGGCAGGAAGUGGAAUAGGAGCUACUGGCCCUCGUGGACAACCUGGACCGCCAGGUCCGCCUGGAUUACCUGGGAUAUCAUCUGGUCAAAGUAUACGCGGACAGAAAGCGUUCGGGAUGGCAGCAUCAGAUGCCAGAAUGGAAACCAUCGCACAAACAGAAUGUCGAAACAUGAUUAAUCGAGAAGUGCCCCGAAUUGUAACGAUGCUGUUAGAAAGCUCAACCUUCACAGAGAUGUAUCGAGGACCAAAAGGUUCUCGUGGGUUGUCAGGGAGUAUUGGGAUACAAGGUGCACGUGGUCAAUCUGGACUACAGGGAAUACCUGGGCCGCGUGGAAUGCAAGGACCAGUUGGAGAAGUUGGCCCAGUUGGACAAAGAGGUCCCAAAGGUGAAAGAGGAGAACGGGGUAGCCACGGAUAUGGGAUACCAGGUACGCAAGGAAUACCAGGAAUCCGUGGUCCUCCUGGUGAAACUGUUCAUGGAACACCAGGACACAAAGGAGAUGUAGGAUUACCUGGCGAGCGUGGACGUCCCGGACUCCCAGGAGCAAGGGGACUUCACGGAGCUGCUGGGCGGUGCGACCCAAACUACUGUUAUUCGGCAGCUUAUCUGUGGAUGUCUCAAUCACGGGCAGACAAUUCUGAUAUAAAAGGAUGAAAUAGUACUUUGGUUGUUACCAUUGAUUACUACUAUUUAGCUCAAAAGUGAAAUUCAGUUUGACGUUCAGUUAUCCGUUCUUUGUCCAUUUCUGUUCUAUAUUUUAUAUUAUCAAUACUUCGAUUGCAAAUAUUUUAACCAAGUUAAUAAUCCCGAUCUGUCUUGAUUAAAUAAAAGAGUUUAUUUGAUUAUGCCGCAUGAGUUGCAGUCAAUAGUUGUGCUUCAGCUUUGUGUUGUGCUGUAUUCACUAUUGUUUUGCGUCCAAGUGCUAGUUCCAUUAUUUUUAGUUGUUUUAUUGAAAUACUUCAAUUUUGUUCAGCAUAAUGAUACAAUGUGUAGUUUUUGAUGUUUUAAUCAUCAUUUUGAAUCCAAAUAUACUUCCAUUUCCAAGCCUUGCUGGUUAUUUUGCUAGUAGUUUCGUGGAUGCCGACGAAAUGGCGU